UUUACAAAAAAAUCUAGGCGUAUCGAAAAGCAACUCCACGGAUUUCAGCUGCUGUACGGUGGUGUGCCGUACAAAUAAUUUGCCAGCCAGUCAAUUUGUGUACUUGGUGCAACAAAGCAACUACCUCGGGAACGGUCGCAGCAUGGCAAAGAAAGCGUUCCAGCACCAGGCAGGCACGGCCAUGGAAUGUUUGAGCAUUCCCAUAACGUUACACAAAGAGAAGGACAUUGACGAGGAGGGUCGAGAGGUAUUGAAAUGUGGGUUUAAAAUCGGCGGAGGCAUUGAUCAGGAUUUCCGAAAAAGUCCCCAGGGUUAUACGGAUUAUGGAAUCUACGUAACCGAGGUCCACGAAGGUAGCCCAGCGGCCAAAUCGGGCUUACGGAUGCACGACAAAAUUUUGCAAUGUAACGGAUACGAUUUUACCAUGGUGACGCACAAAAAGGCCGUUAGUUACAUACGCAAAAACCCCGUCCUGAACUUACUCGUUGCAAGAAAAGGCGUUACAUCUACCUAAGCAAAAGGGACAUGCGUUGCACAAGCACAAGCCUACACAGUUGCACGAUAAUUCUCAACAAUUCGUAAUCGAUAAGGAAAGGAUAGAAAUUAUUACUUUCUCCCAAGGGAGCGCAUAUAGAGAGAGCACACGACAUUCCAGCAAAAAGAAUCCUAACUUAGCCACAAUAUUUAACGAAAAUCGCGGAUUACAAGCAUUCCAUGCAAUAGUCCUCCUUGUUGGCAAACUAACUGCAGCUAUUGGUAAAGACUCGAUUAAAACAAAACAAAACAAUCGUCCCAAGUUUGCUCCUAUCAGCUUCUCUCUUCCUUUGUCUCUCUCCCUUUUAUAAGGAUACUUUCCUGAAGCGCCCAUGUGGUGCACACGCCAGUAAGAUUUUACACGCAUUUUUGCACAACAAAAUAAGGAAAGGAAAUCGUUUUUAUUGCAUAUUUCUAUUGAUUAUUUGUAAGCAUGUUUCUCUAGGUAUAGUAAUGAUCGUGUGUUAGGUGUUGACACUGUUUUCCACCACCAUUGCGCAUGGUCCGACAGUUUCGGUCGCGUAGGCUGCGUGAAUGCCUAAGGCGCAUAUAUAGUUGCUUACUAGGGAGAUCAUCCGUUUUUUUGUGAGAUUUUAGCGCAUUUUAAAAGUGAAUGAUGAUGUUGUAGUAGUAUUAGUAUGGUUUAAUUAAAAGGGAGAAAUAACAAAACACAAAAGAUAGGAAAUGGUAGAACAGAGCAGAGAUGACAAAACGGAGCAGAAAAAGGAAAACACAUAGAGCACAUAAUCGAAUCGAAAUUUGAUAGAAUUGUUGGACGGUGAUGUACGUGUUCUUUUUUUUUUUAAACCCAAACACACAAUGUAACACACAUACAUAUAUUGUAAAGGGCCAUCGUACGAGAUGAGGUCUCGUAGUUUUAUCGACGGUGGUCAUCACUUUCAUAUUUUAGCUAUUAAAAAUGUAUGCCAAAGUAAGAUUAAACUAUGUAAACGUGAGUAAACGUACGACGAAAGUGGCAUCACGUUCGAGUGAAAGAAAUUACAAACUAAACACACAAAUGGGAAUCACAUAUAUCCGGUCAGAGUCCACUAUUGUUAUGUAUUUCGUUUUAUUAUUCCAUUAAUGUAUUCAUCAAAGCCAAACGGUCAAAUGCUCGUCUAAGGGACAAACGUGGGAUUUACAAUAUCCUUUUAUUUGCAUUUUCAUUAUAUAUGACCCAAUUUGCAUUGCGGGUGGUUAUCAUACGCGCGCACUACGCGCUGAGAAUAGUUCACACAACGAAUGUUCCAUUUAUAUGUUACAAGGGAGGAAAAAAAUACAUACACACUUCCUUGAUUGUGCACAACGAAUGGGCCAAAUUACACUACUACCAUUUUUGGGGUUUCUCUUUCUAGGGAAAAUGCAAUCAAUACGCAAAUGUGCUUAGCAUAAAUAGCAUUACAGAAACACGCGCCCACACGUUUGAAAGGAU